GUCUGGCUCGGUGCUAAUCCUGGGAGGGGCGGGGAAGAUCCCCUGGCUUGCUCUUGCGUGAGGCUGGGGGCCUGCAGUGUCUCCCCGUUGGAGCUCAGUAUUUCAAGGGUCUAGAGAAAUAGGGACAGCUCUCUGCCCAGGCUAGGCCUCGCAGAACCCUGGGGGGGACACCGAAGUGUGGGAGAAAGGAGGACUUUGAACUGCUCUGAUGUGGUCUCCUGGACCGUGGCUUCUCCUGCGGCUGGAUGGCCUGGCCAGGCCUGACAGAAGACAGACCAGAACAUUCUGGAAUAUGGGAAGGGGGAUCCUUUGCUCUGUCUCAAGUCACCUCCUGAAGGAGACAGAGAGGCCACACCCCACCCCACGGUGGCCUAAGGGAGCUAGGAGAAUCCCCAUUUACUAUGGGGCUGGAGCCCCACACUCUAGAAAGCCAAGUUUUUAAAGGACCCUCCAUUGAUGGUGGAGCUGGCCUUUGGGAAGAGGGUGGCAUCUUCUUGGGCCUUGGCCUUACUGCCUUCAUGUGUGCACGCGUGUCAGCCAGAGCGUCUGAGCGACGUCUGGGCCUCUCACAUCCAGGCUCCCGUCCGUGUGACAGUCUCUCCGUGGUCUCUGCCUGUGCAGGCCUGUUUGGGGUUGCCCAGCAACUGCUUUGGCGCUGGGUAUGUCUGCCGUAUGGGUGUGAGUAGAUUGAGAAUUAGUAGUUGAAUCACGAGGGUGUGUGUGUGUGUGUGUGUGUGCACACAUGUGUGUUCGCCUCCCCGCGUAGGCACGAGGGGCCUGUGGAAGCCUGGGUCGCCAGGGGCUUCCUGGUGAAAGGUAAGAGAAGUCACUGGGCCCCGCCGGCCCUUGGAGGCCUGUGUAGAACUCUUGGUUGCUAAGGCAACCGUGGGCAGGUUGCUAGGAGAGAGCUGGGAAGGCCCAAGGCGGCCCAGGGCAGAGGGGAGAUGAACAGAGGAGGCCGGGAGGGUUGGAGGAGGAUGUGGUUUCUGGGUCCCCGAGGGAUGGGAUCUUCACUCACGAGUUCUUCACGGUGGGAGGCGGGGGGGGGGGGGGGGGGCGGACUCACUCGCUGUUUAUCGCGGGCCACGAACUUACAAGAAGAAAAAUAAAAUUGCUUUUUGGAACCUCAAACUUGUAAAGGCUGCUGCUGAGGGCCAGGGUGGGGGUGGGGGGCACUGCCCCCUUUGCAGCAGAAGCCCUGCGUUCUCUGCCCAGUCUUCUUCUGGCCCCCAGUUCCUUGGGCCCCUGCUUUGCCCUAGCCAGAGAUGGAGCGGUGGUGCUGUUCCAGAAUGCUCUAGAACCCCGAACACCGGCUGUUCCAGAACAGUCUAGAACCUCCGGGCAAAGGGUUGGAUCCAGGAUCGAAGCAUUCCAGGCCUUCCCAGCCUACAUGGGGCCAGCCUCCCUGUGCCACCCGCUAGCGGGCCUCAUGUGGACGCUGGCACUAGGUGGGGUCUUCCUGGCAACCGCCCAGGCCUGUGUCCUCUGUCACCUCUCAGACCGUGACCUGUCGGGCCGCCUGGCUCGACUCUGCAACCAGGUGAAGGCUCGGUGGGAGACCUGUGAGGCCUCCUGGACCUUCCCGGCCUUUGCCUUAGAUGAGGUGUCCACGAACAAAGUCAUAGAGAAGACUCACAGAGUCCUGAGGGUCAUGGAGAUCAAAGGGUCUCCCUCCUCACUCUCUUUAUAUUGGCAAUGGCUGCAAAAGGUCAAGUUUCCCGAGUACACCAGGGAAGCAUUCUGUGCUCCCGCCUGCCGGGGCAGCACCGUCCUGUACAACUGUUCCACCUGCCAGAGCUUUGCCGUGCGCUGCUGGCCUCUAAAGCGCUGCCUCCCAGGAAGUCACGAUCUUCGGGAAGCCAGGAUUCUGCUCCUCUCCGUGUUCAUAACUGUCCUGCUCCUGGGCGUCCUGAGCCUCGUGGUGGAGUCCAGACACUUCAAAGCAAAAAGUGACAUGUGAAGACAGCCUCCCAGCCCCCACGUCCUUUGGAAGGGACCCGCCAGCCCCUCACUUCCAAUCCCAAAGGCUCAGCCUUCCAGACCCUAAACCCAGCCGCCUCCGUGAUCCCAGUGUCAGAUGGCCUCCAGGGGCCCAGGCACCCACAGCUGGAAAGUUCCUCCCCUCCGGCCCUCAACUAAUCAGCCAGAAGCAGUCACUGAUUCCAGGAAAAUGUCUACAGGAGGAAAGAACCCCCUCCACACACACACACACACACACACACACACACACACACCGCCGCCCCCACACCCCCUUCUGCCUGUUCUCGGAAAGCGGGGGCUGUUUGCCCCAGAAGCUGCUCUUGGCCCUCCUCUGACUGAUUGGGAAUCCGGGAACGAGGGUUCUGGAAAACUCCCUCCCUUUAGAGUGGCGACCACAUCAGUCAGCCUGCUGGCAUGCUAUCCCUCCAUUUAACAUUGUGAAGCCUUGGCCUCCCACAGAGGCCUCCCUCCUGCCAAGAUCAAGUAAACCUGCUUUUCAGUGGCCUC